CCUGAUUCCACCUGUUUAAUCAGUUGAGCUUGACUUUCAAUAGACUCAGGUGUGGCUUCUGCUUGGUUGGAGUGAAAACCUGCACCCACACCGGCCGUUUCCGAAUAAGAUUGGACAUCCCUCGCUGUGGUAGUAUGCUGUCUGGCUGAAACCGUCCGCCAAGCGACGUGAGGGAAAGUGGGCGGGGCUUUCCGUGACGUCCUUCGAGCUCUAGCCUAGCUACGGAAGUACAAAACGGCACCUUUUUUUUUUUUAAAUCCUCUGAGCACGAGUUAAUGGAAACAUGCAUGCUUCCUCCUGCUCGACUGCUCUCAUCACUACCUCUGAGCACGGAUCACUGAAGAGUUGUUGGGUCUUGCGUGGAAUUUGACCUAGCACCUUUUAAAUGAUUGAAACGGAGUAAAAAUGGACCAGGAUGAGUUUGAGGACGUAGCGUCACAUGGACACUGGCAAAAUCUGUAUAAUGAAAUCCGUAACCAGUCUCAAGAAUGUCCCUGCAAAGUGGCAAAAUUCCCAGAAAAUCAGAACAGGAACAGAUACAGAGACGUCAGCCCAUAUGAUCACAGUCGGGUGAGAUUAGAAAAUUUAGAAAAUGACUACAUAAACGCAAGCUUGAUAACCAUGGAGGAAGCUCAGAGAAACUACAUACUGACCCAGGGACCCUUGACUAAUACUCGUGGUCACUUUUGGUUAAUGAUCUGGGAGCAGCGGUCCAAAGCUGUCAUCAUGCUCAAUAGAGUCAUAGAAAAAGGCUCAGAGAAAUGUGCUCAGUACUGGCCCUCAGAAGAAGAGAAACAAAUGUAUUUCAGUGAUACGGGGUUUGUGGUGACUGUAGUGACUGAAGACAUUGAAACUCAUUACACAACAAGACUGCUCGGGCUUCAAAACAUCAAAACAGGAGAGAGAAGAGACCUCUACCACUUUCAUUUCACCACUUGGCCUGACUUUGGUGUGCCUGAGUCCCCUGCAUCUUUCCUCGACUUUUUGUUCAAGGUUCGAGGGUCUGGCUCAUUGGAGCCUGAGAAUGGGCCGGCUGUGGUCCACUGCAGUGCCGGGAUUGGCCGUUCAGGGACGUUCUCUUUGGUUGACACUUGCUUGGUCCUAAUGGAUAAGAGGAAAGAUGCUUCAUCUGUAGAUGUACAGAAAGUCCUAUUGGACAUGAGGGAGUAUCGCAUGGGCCUCAUUCAAACCUCAAACCAGCUUCGUUUCUCUUACAUGGCCAUAAUGGAGGGAGCCAAGUGCAUCUUGGGGGACUCUAUUCUGAAGCAACAAUGGCCAAACAUGUCUAAAGAGGACAAGGAGCCACAGACUGACCUGGGUCCAGCUCUGCAGGACACUGCAAGACAGCCAGAUGAAAUGAUUGGACGGAUCUCAAAGCUAGGAAGAGAAAAGGAUCCAACAGUGUCAGUAAAGGAAGAGCAGCAAGCAGAUUUAAAACCAGAGAGCUUGCGUAAGCGACAUCGUGAGGAGCGGAUAGCCAGCACAGCACAAAAGAUCCAACAGAUGAAGCAGAAGCUGAAUGAUGUGGAGAAGAAGAGAGAGACUUGGCUGUACUGGAGGCCUGUUCUCUUGAAUGUAGGAGCUGGAGCAGCUCUAGCACUGGGUCUGUUCCUGUGCUGGGCAUUUCUCUCACCGUGAUGCCGCUAUAAUCAUAUAGACUUUUUACACUCAGACAUUUUGGUUCACUGUGAGAUCCAGGACAGUGAGCUCUUUGAUAGCAAAAGGCUUUUUUUUUGUGCAAACAAAGGUGCUCACUAGGACAUUCUGCCUGAUUUCUUGAAUAAAAUAUUUAUACAGAUCGCUUUAGAUUGCAUACAAGCCCUCUAGCUUGGCUCUUGAUAAUUUCAGUGUUUAGAAGCUUGGUCUGUUAGCACUACUACAAAAUUUGUUGGCCCAAGAAAGACAUUGUUUUGCUGAAAUUUAUUUGAGUAAAUCACUCUGUGAACUUUGGAUGUAUUUGGGUGUCACUCACCAGUGUAAGAUAUUCCUGUCACUUUGUCUUAUUUUUUUCAUCACUUUUUUUCUCCUUGUUCUCACAUCUCAGGAGGUCUUAUUAAUAAAUGGAAUAUAAAACAUUCCACCAAAUUUAAGAGGUGGAUCGUGUCCCAUUUUGAAUAGUGAUGUGUGUAUAUAUUAAAGACUUUUUGCUGAAGAAAGAAAAUGUCUGUUAUUUGAAUGGGGUGCUGCGUAUACACAACAGAUCAAAGCCAGUUUGCAGGCUUUGCAAGUAUUAAUAGGGCAUCCACUGGUAUUUAUAUCACAUUCAGUAAGACAAAUGCAGACAUUUAAUUUUUUUCCAUUAUUAAUCUACUUACUGAACACUUAAUUAGGAACAUAAUACUAAUACUGGGUAGGGCUAAUACUUUUUCUCUCAAAACAGCCUCAAUUCUUUGUGGCGUGGAUUCCACAAGAUGUUGGAAACAUUCCUUUGAGAUUCUGGUCCAUGUUGACAUGAUUGCAUCAGGCAAUUCCUGCAAAUUUUUCAGGUGCACUUUCAUGUUACAUAUAUCCCGUUCUACCACAUCUCAAAUGUGUUGUAUUGGAUUCAGAUCCAGUGACUGAGAAGGCCACUGAAGAACACUGAACUCCUUGUCAUGUUCAUUAAACCAGUUUGAGACAACCUUUGCUUUGUGACAUGGUGCAUUAUCAUGCUGGAAUUAUCCAUUAGAAGAGGGUAAAUUGUGGCUAGGAAGGGAUGCACAUGCUCAGCAACAAUACUCCUAAAAGGCUGUGGAAAUCCAGUGAUGAUUUAUUGGUAUUAAUCUGCACUAAGUGUGUCAAGAAAACAUUCCCCACACCAUUACCCCACCUCCACCAGCCUGGGCUGUUGACACAAGCCAGGUUAAAUCCAUGGAUUCAUGCUGUUGGCACCAAAUACUAACACUACCAUCUGUGUGCCUCAGCAGAAAUUGAGAUUCAUCAGACCAGGCUACGUUUUUCCAGACUAUUGCGUUUUGAUGAUCCUGUACUCACUGCAGCCUCAGCGUUCUGUUCUUGGUUGACAGAAAUGGAACCCGAUGUGGUCUUCUGCUGUUGUAACUCAUCAGCCUCAAGAUUUGAUGUGUUGUGCAUUCUGAGAUGCUUUUCGGUUUACCACAAUUGAACAGAGUGGUUAUCUGAGUUACUGUAGCCUUUCUCUGAGAUCAACAAGACAUUUCCAUCCACAUAACUACAGCUCACUGAUGGUUUUUUUCUUUAUUGCACUAUUCUAAGUAAACUUUUGAAACUGUUGUGUGUGAAAAUCCCAAGAGAUCAGCAGUUAUAGAAAUACUCAA